AUGGAGACUACCCACCUGAUGGAGGAUCUCAGUCUCAGAAAUCCCAGCCCCAGCCCGGACGAGGAGCAGACGACUGGCGUGCAAUCCCACAGUGAUUCAGACCGUUCUCUCUCCAGCGACUUGCAAUCACAUAGUGAUUCAGACUAUGCUCCCUCCAGCGACUUGCACUCCCGCAGUGAUUCAGACCGUGCUCCCUCCAGUGACUUGCCACCAAACAAUCCAUCGCAUCACCUCCCAACCACAGGACCUCCCUCUUUGGCUCCCUCAGUCAUCUCUCCGCUGGCUACCCCCACACCGGAGUCCUCUCCAGCGCCCAUCGAGUGGGGACCAGGAGCAUUUGCUAUAGGAAACGAGCCUCGACCUAUAGAAUUCUCUUCUGACGCUUUCAUAGACCGCGAGGAGCGCGCCGUAGCGGCUGUGCUCACCCACUUCAAGAACCUGGUCGCGCUGGCUGCAGAACCUCUCCCAGAGGGUGCGCCGAGAGAGGUGGCUGCUGCUCAAGGUAUGCAGAUGGAUGUGGAGAUGAAGGGUUUGGUCCGCGCCGCAGAGGAUCUCCUUCAACUCAGCCGCGAACUCAAGGAGCUCUGGCUUUUUGGUCCAUUGCGAGGUCUCGAGGAGGGCGAGGAAGAAGGCCAGAUGGAUGAAGAUUCACAGAAGGUCGGAGAGAUGGUUGAGGACAUGUUGAAGCAAGCUGCGGAUCUCACUGCGAAGAAAGUCUAA